UAUGUAUAUGCUGCUCCUACAACCUCCCGUUGGCGCUCUGCAUGCUAACAACCAGCUGCUGUGUCGUGCUUUUGGAAGUGGCUUUGCUAGAGGGAAGGAUGUCAAGAAGAGGAGGCACAAACCACACUCAGCAUGCAAAGAGGGCUUGAGAGGAAGAGGUCAUUGUCUUCUGCUUCUGUUCUGUCAGAUGUGUCUGCUCAGAUGUGCAGAAAUUGCCCUAUUAAAGCUACUAGGGAGGUGGAGCAAUGAGAGCUUUAAUAUUACCAAUGAACUGAGAAGAUCUGGACCUGUGCUGAGGUUCACGAUAGAUAUCAUAUUUAGUAUAUGCCCAGAGUAAUUUUUGUGGUGAAUUGUCUGUACUUCUUACUGAACCCAGUACAAGUCCUUGGAGGAGAUAAUCUGAUUUCAGAAGACUAAAGAAAUUCAGCAGGAAAGUGGGAGAAUUGAGCAAAACAGCAGGAGAUCUAUCAGGCUGAAGGAAGCCAGCUUUGCUCAAAAAAUGAGGUACCUUUAGGUGUAAAGCCAGGAAGCUCAUUACCAAACCUGCUUACGGACUGCAAGCCAACUCUCCUUGAGGCUGGUUAUUUUGUUAGAAUGACAAAUGCUCAUGUAUGGUCUUUACCAAAUGAAGACCCUGGGAAAAACUGGGAUACUAUGUUCAGGUGAAGACACUGUUCCUCUCUGUCCCCACACCUAAUUUAAGGAAUUCAGGUAAUUGGUAAGCUGGUGAGAAGAGACACUUUAGCAAUGCAGAUUCUACUUAUGACUAGAGUAACUUACAUCUAAGUGUGCCGUGGUGAUCUAAGCCAGACAGGUGCUUUAGGUGUGUCUCGGAGCUCUCUUUCACAGGUGACACUAGGCAGCUAAGGUGGCAAGUACUCUUGUACAGGCAGCUCCCAGGCAUAUGGCACAAACAUAGCUGGAGAUGGAGUGGGCCUGUGGGUUUGAGAUCCCUGAGGAAAUGACCUAGAAGAGGCCGAACAGGAGUUGGAAGCCAUUUGGCUACUUCUGAAAGGUGGACCGGACAGGACCGGUUGAGGAAUUUUAACAUAUGAGUGAGUAGAGUGCACUGUUUGCAAAAGACUGCUGUGGAGACUUGUGGCAAGCCUCCAGCCCUCUGCAACUCAGCUAAAAUGUAUCGGUCUAUUUAUUUCUGCCUUUCCUCAUCCCUGGGAAGGACUUUUUACCAGACAAGAGCCCAAGACUGAAAGACUUGCAGCUGAAUUUUGUCAUUGACUCAUCACGUGCCUAUUGAAAUACUCAGUUACUUAUAGUGACAUGUGAUUGAUGACAUUUCUGCAGCCUGGUGGAAUCCAGUUACUUGGUUCAGCAAAAGUUCACUUUUUGAAGGGUCACAGUGGGAACACAUUAUCUUGGAAGUGGAAAGACAUGACAUGAAUACCCUGAGUUUACCACUUAACAUUCGCCGUGGAGGCUCUGACACCAACCUGAACUUUGAUGUACCAGAUGGGGUCCUGGAAUUUCACAAAGUCAAGCUCAGUGCAGAUAGCUUGAAACAGAAAAUCCUCAAGGUUACGGAACAAAUCAAAGUUGAACAAACAGCUCGAGAUGGGAAUGUGGCUGAGUAUUUGAAACUGGUAAACAGUGCAGACAAGCAACAGGCUGGGCGCAUUAAACAAGUCUUUGAGAAAAAGAACCAGAAAUCUGCCCACUCCAUUGCCCAGCUGCAGAAGAAGUUGGAACAGUAUCACAAAAAGCUCAAGGAUAUUGAACAAAAUGGAUCUUCCAAAACUACUAAGGAUACAUCCAAAGAUAACCUGAAAGAUAUUCAGCAUGGAAAGCCUCGUAUCUCUGGACACGGAACAGAGAGCAGCAAGUCGGGUGUGCCAGGUGUAUCUUUGACACCACCUGUCUUUGUUUUCAGCAAGUCUAGAGAGUUUGCAAACCUGAUCCGAAACAAAUUUGGUAGUGCAGACAACAUUGCUCAUCUCAAAAACACCUUGGAUGAAUUUCGGCCAGAAACGAGUUCUAGAACGUAUGGGGGAAGUGCCACCAUUGUUGCCAAACCAAAAUACGUUAGUGAUGAUGAAUGCUCAAGCGGAACCUCUGGCUCAGCAGAUAGUAAUGGGAAUACUUCCUUUGGUCAUGCUGUGGCAAGUACCCUGGACAGUCAAGGAAAGCUUUCCAUGAUUUUGGAGGAACUAAGGGAAAUCAAGGACACACAGUCCCAAUUAGCUGAUGAUAUCGAGAAUUUAAAAACACAAUUUAAAAGAGACUAUGGCUUUAUUUCUCAGAUGUUACAAGAGGAAAGAUAUAGAUACGAAAGAUUGGAAGACCAGUUAAAUGACCUGACCGACCUUCAUCAACAUGAAACAGCAAACUUGAAACAAGAGCUAGCCAGCAUAGAGGAGAAAGUGGCGUAUCAGGCGUAUGAGCGGUCACGAGAUGUUCAGGAAGCCUUAGAAUCAUGCCAGACCCGGGUUUCAAAGCUGGAGCUUCAUCAGCAAGAACAGCAAGCACAGCAGUCUGAAACAGUUAAUGCCAAAGUGCUCCUGGGGAAAUGUAUAAAUGUUAUCCUGGCCUUCAUGACUGUCAUCUUAGUAUGCGUUUCUACUAUUGCAAAGUUCAUUGCUCCUAUGAUGAAGAGCCGUUUUCAUAUCAUCUGCACUUUUUUCGCAGUGACGCUGCUGGCAAUAUUUUGUAAGAACUGGGAUCAUAUAAUUUGUGCCAUAGAAAGGAUGAUUAUACCAAGAUAAAGCUUCUGGUCUAGCUACUUUCUUUGUCCCUUUUUUAUUUUUCUUUUUUCCUUUCCCUCCUUGUUUUUAAGUGCUCUGUGUAUACAAAUCAUUUUUUGUCAGUUUAAAUGUGCAAACUGGAUGGAGAAGACCACAAAGACUCUUGGGCUGCAAGGUAUAAAUACAAACACGCAUACUUGUUGGCAGUCAGUUGCCUGUUCAAUUCAAUUGUGUGUAAUUGUCUGUGAUGAACUGCUUGCUUAUGUCAGUCUUCUGCCUUAAUACAAUGGUUUUUUCCACUUUACAAACACACACCCACAAAAGAUGGUAUGAUGCUCUGAGAGGGAUCCAAGCAACUCCCGUGUCAGGUGUGCAUUUUACUAGACUGGAGUGCAAAGAGUGUAAUCGGGCAGGAGUGGACCAUAAUGUGUAUCAGUCCUGUUAGACUAAUUAGUUUCCUCUCUAAAUCCAACUAGAAUAAGAAGCCAAAUUAUACAGUCCUAUGUAUUGAUAGUUCUUGAUUCUAAAUUAAUGGGUAUCUGUAUACGGGAUUUUUAGUUUUCAGGACCAGCAAAACUUGAUGCUUCUGCUAGUAACCUUUUGCACAGAGAGUUUAUUGUUUGUAAAUUAGACCGGUAAUUAUUGACCAUAGUUUGUGGUUGUUCUAUCCUGGCACUGUUCCUUAUCACAUUUGGGAAGUUCAUAAAUGUGGCAGAAGACUUCCAAACAGGAACUGAAUUGAACGGCUGGAUCUCCAGGCCACUUUGUAAAGGAGCAAAGUAGUAAGUAACUGGUGGAUAAGUUGUCAUGCAGACCAAAGCACGCGCUUGCUUCAAGCCCUGCAAACUGCGCGGGGAAAGAAGUACACAGAAAAGCAACAUUUAGGUUAGCCUUUGUUAGCACUGAAUUGUUGGGGUGCUCGGAAUGCAGAGCAGAUAGGUGGUGGGACUCUGGGUACAGUGGAUUUCUUCCCUGUGUCAGAUUAAGGAAUGUGGAAGGAGUGCAAGUGAGCAGCUUCUGAGGGGAGCAGGGAGUUAAACUUCUGUAAAUAUACACACACAGUGCAGGCUUUCCUGACAAACGUUCCUGAAAAUAAUAUAUUAGCGUACAGUACCACGGCUAGGAGACAAGGUUGGGGUUUUUUCUUACUGGAAUUUAUUUUGCUUGGUUUAAAAAUCGCAAAAAAAAUUUCCUUGAAAUCUACUUGUCUUUCAGCCAUGAUGAACAAGAUCUUAAAAACCCCCAAAGCCAAAACAAACCACCACAAUCAUAAUUAUUCUUCACUGUCCAUUAAAUGGAAAGACAGUUUCUCCAGUUGUUCAGUGUUACUUAUUUAGAAAAUAAUUGUCAUGACAGAUUUUCUUUUCAGUUGCUGUAUCUGUUAUGCUGGUUUUAUGGGAUUGGGGGGUGGGGAAUUACUCAGUGUGUGUAUUUCUUUUUAAUCAAGUGCAAUAGUUGGUGUAGAAAUUCAGAAGACCUCAUUCAGAAGAAAGGGAGUGGGGAAGGGGAGGCGGGGGAAGAAUUCUGAUAUUUUACCAUGAUAGGAUUAACAGUGAAUAUAGUUACUUUUUGUGGCUUCAGGGAAUGAAGGGCAGAACUAACUGCAUAAAUAAUUAUAUGACUCAGCAUUUAUAAAAUUAAAACAAUUUAAUAAUCGUUAAAGAAUUCUUUAUAUGUGCUACAUCUUUGAACGGAGAGAUCUGGAGGGAUUGUGCUGGCUUGCAGGCACCAGAAAUUGAUCACAUCAGGCAUGUUAUCCUAACCCAGCCCUGCCCCAUCUUCAGGGGAAGGUGGAGUGUACAACCUAAGUCCUGCUGAGAGGGAUAUGACUUUUUAAAGCUCAGACUUACCGAUUUGUUUAUCCCUGGCUGUGUCAAGAAUUACUAUAUAGAUACAUUCUUCUUUUCCUUAAUGUUUGGGGUUUGGGGUUUUUUCGUCUUUGUGUUUACCUCUGUACUCCUGGUAUCCCCUGAAGAAGGGAAGUAGUACUAAGUAUAAAACUUUUCUGUCUUGAUUUCUGUAUGUGCUCCUGUUGCUGUUCGGUCCAGGGAGACCUUUCUUCUCAUGUGUCUCAACCCAUUUUGGUACUUAUAUGCAUGCAUUGCAACAGGCCUUCACCCCCACCUUCCAAGUGCCUGUCCUUAGCCUCAGCCAGCUAAUAAACUGCAGGGAUUGCUUCCACCAAUGCAGCUCAUAAACUUAUCUCCACAGGAAAGUCCCUUCCACAAUGUUAAUGAGGUUAAAAGGAAAAAAACAGCUUUUUCCUGGCAUUUACAUCACAAGAAAGGGUUUCCUUUGGUUUGUUUUUAUGCCCUUUUGAUGUGUCCUGAGAUCCUCUUGGUCUUUUCCACUGUUUUCAUAUAACUUGUUCUGAUCUUCAUUUUUGAAAAGGCGUAUGAUGUCUUUUUAUAGUCUGUACUUUCCAUUUCGUUAGCCAGUGAGUGUGCUUCUAUUCAGUGUCCUCUCCUUUCUGAAAUCUUUUCCUGAAUUCCACCAUCCAUUUUACUAAUCAUCUCUAUGACCCUCCCCUGCCAUUUCCAUAGGCCACAAGAUGAAUACAUCCAUUAAAAAAAAAAAAAAAAAAAAGUCCUGGUACUGAUCCUCAGAAAGCUGUGACUCUUCAUGGUGUUUUCUUGCCAUCUUUAUUACAACCUCCAUUCUUCUGUGGUUUGCACAGCCACCUUCUGGUUUGGCCACUUGAGGAAAACACUUUGUCUAGCAUUUUGUUAAAUGGGUUCAGAAGGAUACAUGUGCAAGAAAGGAAUACCAUGUGUUCAUCAUUUUUAUGUAAGAAAAACUUUGCCUGUGGUUAUAUGUUUAAAGAGAAGAUCCUCCCAGUGCUAGUGUAUGUAGUUAAAAAUGUAAUGUCAAGUAGUCUUGGGGUCAGGCAGGAAAAAGUUUAGUCACUUUUCUUAUAACAAAGGAAGCUGGUAUGGUAUGACCUGGGGAUGUGAAGGCUUCUGCUCCAAGGGCAUCCUGUUACAAUUCUGGAAGAUUACCUCAGUGCAAAAUGAGGGCAGAACAUAAAAUCAGUGGGCUUGUGAAAGAUUACUUGCUGUCUUGAUAAACUCUGUCUGGGUCCAAAUUGGAAAGACCAAAAAGGUCUUGCCUUUCCAUAUUGGCUUUAUAUCUGGCAGAGGACACAGUAAAAGCUGUAAAGGCUGCAUAAUGUUAGUCGUGCAAAUUAAAACAACCCUAAUUGGUACAUGGGCAUAGCACUUCUAUAGGUUAUUUUCCCAGCUGAAUGUAAAUCACUGGAGGAUGUGACAUGCACCAAGAAAUUAAAAAAAAAAUAAA